AUGUCUUCCUCGUCCGGUACCCCAGAGUCAUGGAUCUCAUCUUUCUGUUCGCUGCUGGGUCAUGAAUAUUUUGCGGAAAUAUCGGAGGACUUUAUAGAAGAUGAUUUCAAUUUAACGGGGCUGCAGACCCAGGUUGCAAUGUACAAAGAGGCUUUAGAGAUGAUUUUAGAUGUUGAGCCAGAAGAUGACGAAGAUGAAGAUGAUGAAGAGGAGGAGGACGAAGGUGACGAUUCUAUCGAGGGGGAGGAGCGCUCGAAUCGAAGAGCAGCAGCAGAACGAAGACAUCAUCGCAUGGCAUCUGAUCUAUCAAUCAUUGAAUCUUCCGCCGAAAUGCUCUACGGCCUUAUCCACCAGCGCUUCAUCUGCUCUCGCGCGGGAAUACAGCAGAUGUACGAAAAAUAUGAAAUGGGACAUUUCGGGACGUGCCCGCGGACUUUCUGCGAAGGCGUUCGCACAUUACCUGUUGGACUAUCUGAUGUGCCAGGCGAAGACACCGUAAAACUAUUUUGUCCUUCCUGUCUCGACGUCUACGUGCCACCGAACUCGAGAUUUCAAACAGUGGACGGCGCCUUCUUUGGUCGAACCUUUGGUGCCCUAUUCCUCCUUACAUUUCCAGAUUACGAUAUCAGUAAAAGGGGGGCGGACACACUGGGCGGAUCUCACAGUCGAGGAGGGGCUUCAAAUGCUAGUGAUGGUGAAGAUAAGGAGAAGAUAAAUGGCAUGAACGUCCAAAAUCUAGGACCAGGGCUUGGCAGAGGGAAAGUAUACGAACCGAAAAUCUUCGGAUUCAAAGUAUCGGAAAGGGCAAGAAGUGGACCGAGAAUGACAUGGUUAAGGAACCGCCCACUUGAGAUCAGAGAGCUGGACGAGGCGGCUAUGUAUGGCACAGCGGAAGAGAGCGAAGACGACCUCGAAGGUAACGGAGUACGCACACAGCCAAGGCAGACUCUUGGAAGCGGUCGGAAAGUACGGAGGACGAACGGAGGUAGCCCUAUGUCAAUUGUCGAAGCCAACGUAGAAUUUGGGCCCGGGCCAUAA